AUGAACCCAAGUCAAUCCACGAGCGACAAAUUUCCAUGCCUCGUUGGCGUCGAGAACUUCGACGUUUGGAAGACUCGCGCGUGCGCAACCCUCGAUGAUAAACGUCUCCACGUCUAUGCGAAGAAGCCCGACUACGACGGCAUCUCCGAUGAAGAGAACCACGACGAAAGUGACGAAGACCUCAAGCCACAGUCCGACUCCUACGAAGACUCUGGUGAUAACAUCGACACACCGACCGAGCGCGAAGACUUACCUGCGAUUCGCUCAUUCGGCCAUCGCCAAGGGCGCAAGCGCAAAGUGAAGCGUUAG